GCGCUCGGCGCAGGACGAGAGCCGUGACACCGCGGCCGGCGCUGCUCUCUAGCGGACACGUUCCCUCCUCCUCCUCCUCCUCCGUCUCUCUGAGCUCAUAUCGCCAGCGAACCGACCACCGGCCAUGCCGUCCGUACUGGGGACCGUCGCCAAGCAGCUGAGGAGCCACCCAGCCCUGAUCCCCCUCUUCAUCUUCAUCGGUGGAGGGGCCGCCAUGAGCAUGAUGUACCUGUCCCGGCUGGCCCUGAAGAACCCGGAUGUCUCAUGGGACCGUAAGAACAAUCCAGAGCCCUGGAACAACUUGGCACCAAACCAGCAGUACAAACUUUUCACGGUCAACAUGGACUACACCAAGCUGAAGAAGGACAGGCCUGACUUCUAAGCCGCCUGUCUCCUGCUGACCCCUUCAGUCUGGGGAACAUGUGCACACUUUUCUGCCAAAAACCCACUGCGCUUAAUGAAGGCUGAAUCAUGUGUAGCCUCUGAUGUUUGGUCAGUUCGUUUCCGAUCAACGGAGGGGGGGGUCAUAUGUUUUCAAUUAAAAAACAAAAACAGGGUGCCACCUGUUUCAUAAAUGAAUGAUUUAUUUUUUGACAUUGUACUGUAAAUUAUUUAAUGAAUGUUGCCAUUUAAAAAGGUGUGAAUCA